CCCUUUAGCAAUUCAGAUGACACCAUCUAUCCCGAAAGCUCCAGCACUUGACCUGCACGAGUAUUAAGACAAUGCUUGGGUGCCCAUAACGUAGCCACCCAGCUCAUCUUGCAUCUCACAAUGCCCAUCCCUCUGAUCGAGGAAAGCGACGUCGAUGUGCUCAUCAUUGGUGCUGGGCCCGCUGGACUGAUGUGCGCCAACGCCCUGGCUAAGGCCGGGGUGGACGUCAGGAUUGUAGAUCAAAGGCCGGAGAAAGUAGCAGCAGGGCAGGCGGACGGUAUUCAGCCACGGACGACCGAAGUAUUCCAGAGUUACGGUCUUGCCGAUCGUCUGUUACGUGAGGGGAACCAGUUGCAUAUGGGUGCAUUCUAUAAUCCGAGCAUAGAUGGUGGAAUCGAGUGCACCAGACGAGGGUCGGUCAUCAGCGUUCCCAGUGCUCGGUAUCCAUUCACGGUCGCGUUGCAUCAAGGGGCGAUCGAGGCAAUAUUCUUAGACUCAAUGACCUCCUUGGGCAUUGAGGUUGAGAGACCUGUCGUGCCUACUUCCAUUGAGCUGUCUCAGGACGAUGCGGUGCUGAAAGAUCCUAAAAUGCAUGCGGUGAAGGUCGUGCUCAGGCAUCUAGACAUUCCUGAAGGCAAGCCUGACACUGAGAUCGUUCAUGCGAAGUUUGUUGUCGGUGCAGAUGGCGCACACUCGUGGGUCCGCAAAAGCUUCGAUAUUGCGAUGGAGGGAGAGCAAACUGACUAUAUCUGGGGCGCGAUGGACAUAAUUCCCGAGACCGACUUGUCUGACAUCCGCAGUUUGUGUAUAAUUCACUCCCACAAUGGCUCCUGCUUGGUCAUUCCGCGCGAGGGGGAUACCGUACGUCUGUACAUCCAGCUGACAGACACGGACGCUGUGGAUUUCCAGACGGGGCGAGUGGACAAGAAUAAUGUGGGGCCGGAGAGGCUGCUUGAAGUCGCCAGGAAGUCAUUCCAUCCAUAUUCAAUAUCGACAUUGCAUGACAUCCAAUGGUGGACGAUUUAUAUCAUUGGGCAACGUGUGGCCUCUCGCUUCUCGGUACGCGAGAGGGUGUUUAUCGCCGGUGAUGCAUGCCAUACGCACUCUCCGAAGGGUGGCCAGGGCAUGAAUGCCAGCAUGAACGACACUCACAACCUGGCCUGGAAACUCGCACAUGUCCUUCGCGGCUGGUCCGACAUAUCUCUUCUCCAAACUUACGAGUUCGAGCGUCGCAGGUUUGCACAAGAGUUGAUCGACUUCGAUAAAAAGUGGGCUGCUCUUUUUUCUGGCAAGCCCAGGACGGAGUCGCAUCAAGAUGGCGUGACGCAAGAGGAGUUCUUAGAAGCCUUCAACACAUUCGGCCUAUUCAUGAGUGGAAUCGGCGUUCACUAUAUCCUGUCAGCGGUGGUGCACACUCAGCAUCAGGCAUACGCAAGCAAUCUCAUCAUUGGACAGCGCAUGGUGCCACACACCUUCGUGAGAGCGGCAGAUGCCCGGCCCUACGAGAUACAGGAUCUCCUCCCGGCAGACACACGCUUCAAGAUCAUCGUGUUCACUGGAGAUGCCCGCGAUAAAUCCCAACUCGACCGCGUGAUGAAGCUCGCCGCAGACUUGGAGCACCCGAAUGCAUUCCUCAACCGCUUCUCGAAAGGUGGCAUCGCCAGCAUCUUUGAUAUCCUGUGCAUCAGUGCCGCUAAGAAAGGAUCUCUGAGUUAUACCGACCUUCCGGUAUUGCUGCGGCCGCAUUGGUCAAAGGUUUUAUUGGACGACACGGACAUGUAUGGACGAGUAGGUGGUGGAGGGUACGAGAAGUAUGGUAUUGAUCCCCGAGGAGUGAUCGUCGUGGUCAGACCGGAUGGUUACGUUGGCAUGGUUGCUCCCUUCGAAGAACUCGAGGAUGUAGCUAGUUAUUUCGCGUCGUUCAUGUAUGUCGUGUAGUACGUUCGCGACGAUAUGAAUCGCAAGUCAUGAGAAG